AUGGAGACCAGAGACGAGCGGCUGGAGCCUGUGAGCAGCUUCGCGCUGCGCAGUUUCAGACUGGAGCCGCAGACAUGGCGGGAGUUCCUGUCGGAGGAGGAGAAGCAGCUACUUUUCGCCUCUUUCUUCACCUGUCCGGACAGUCUUCACCUGUUCAUCUGCCGGGACGCAGAGUCUCAACUCUCCGUCAGCCUCACUUUCCCCACAAAUAUCUCAUCCAAAGUCAUUUGCGUCUCCAAAACGGGCCGUGAAGCCGUCACCAAGGAAACCGCCAAAAAGGCUUUAAUCAUCCAAGAAGUUCAAGGAGACGACGCGCUGAGCUUCAUGUCCGCCAUCACCGAGCAGGUGAUCUGUCCGUUGCUUAGCAACCCAGAGAACAGCCACGGCUGGGUGGCAGGUGUGGCUGAGGAAGCUCUGAGGUUCAUGGAGAGGCAGAAGAACGAAGCACAGGUGAUGAAAGCUCAGGUAGAUGGACGCACAUUUUUGCCUCAGCCUGAUGCUCUGCAUGACGACCGCCGCCAUGACAACAGUAUUCAGGGAGAACGGAAGUUGCUGGAUGUGAAGCUCGUUCACGCCUGUGAGUCGACUGUCAUCGAGUGGGCGGAGCUUGUGUCAGAGUUCCUGCAGCAGGACUCGUCUCAGCCCCUGCUGGACGGAUUGAAGCCGCAGCCCACUGAGGAGUUUCACUUCUGGAAGAACCGACUGAAGAACCUGCAGUUCAUCCAGCAGCAGCUGAUGAGCAGCAGAGCUCAGCAGGUAGCUUCCAUCCUUCAGACAGCAGACAGCGUCUACUGCUGCACCCUGACAGACAUCUACAGACACGUCCAAGAAGGCCUGGAGGAGGCUGAAGAUGUGACUCAGAACCUGAGGCCUUUGCAGGAGAAGCUGGAGGACGUGGAGCAGCUGGAGUACCAACAGCUGAGGGACAACAUGGCGGCUGUGAUGGAGGAGGUGCGUCUGGUCUGGAUCAGGUCUCAGUUCUACUGUAAACCCUGCAGGAUCGUGGUCCUGCUGCAGGAGAUCUGCAACCUCUUCAUACAGCUGAGCAGGGAGUUCCUGCGUGGGAAGGAGGUGAUGCGGGGUCUGGCGGUGGAUCCUGGACCGGUCCUGGAUGACGUCAGACUGGUGAUUCUGACCCUGCAGACCCUCAAAGAGGCAUACAGUCUGUGCAGGACUCAGCUGGACCAGGACCAGGACCAGGGUGGACUCUCACACAGGUGGGACUUUCCCUCACACCUGGUCUUCUUCCACCUGGACAACUUCCUAAAACGUCUGCAGGGCAUCGAGGAGGUGCACUGUGUCAGCCUGCAGCUGUAUCAGCUGGAUCAGACGGCUCUGUCAGGAGUCAGCGGCAGGAUGUGGAGUGAUGUGGUUCAGGACGUGUAUCAGGAUUUCCUCUGUCACGUGGCGGUUCUGUCUGACUGUGGCUGUGACGCCACCGACCCCGAUGAUCAGAGCUUCCAGCUGCACCUGGACCAGUUCCAGGUUCAGGUGUGGGACCUGGAGCGGCGGCUGGUGUCAGUCCUCAGCAGAGCCCUGCAGGACUGCUGCGCCUCCUCGUCUGCAGCCAAGCUGCUCCAGAUGUUCAGGUUCAUCCUGGACCGGCCUCUGAUCCAAGAGCAGCUGCGUCCUCAUCUGAGCCAACUCCUGGAGGUGGUCCUGACAGAGCUAGAUCAGACCUGGCUGCUGGUUUGCAGUCAGAGAGAGAAGGCAGACACGUUCUGCAGGUUCACCCCGCGUCCCGCAGCUGUACUCUGCUGGACCCAACAGCUCCAACUGAGAGCUCAGGAAGCCCUAAAGAACUACAAGGCUGUGCAACACCUGUGUGUGGACUCAGGUGAGGUCCAGGUGGUCCUGCAGAGGUUCCAGCAGGUUGUGGACCUCCUGCAGGACUUCAGAGACACAGUAAUGUCAAACUGGAGCUUUCAGCUGGACUCAGACUCUGGCUUCAUCCUGGAACAACCUCUGAUCCAACACAACCAGCAAGGCAUACUAGGAGUGACCUUCAGCCAAAAGCUGGAGGCGCUGCAGAGGGAGCUCAGGUACGUGAGCAGGGAGACAGAUGUGGAUCUCCACCCCUACGCUGCUCGACUCUUCACCUGCAGAGAUGACGUCACACAGAUCUACCUGAGCCUGAGUCACAUGGUGUCAAGCUACAAUCAGGUGGUGAGCGGAGUCCUGCAGGUGGAGCUUCCCCUGAUCCAGGAUCAGCUGCAGGACCUGGACCAGAGUCUGUUGGCGCUGCAGAGGAACACCUGGAGCUCUGAAGGUGUGCAACAGCUGGUAGAGCAGCAGAGACAGAAAGUCUCGAUGUUCUGCACAACAGUGAACGAGGCCAGAGCCAACAUGGACACCAUGACUCACAUCAUACAGGGCUGGGCGGAGCUUCACCUGCUGCAGCGCUCAGGUGACUCACUGCUGGAGGGCAGAGCUACAGAACAGAGCUACAGACGCCUCAGAGAGGAAGGACAGGAACUGCUCAGGUUAACACAGGAGAACCAGAGUCUUUACAAAGCCCAGGACUCCUCCCACGCCUGGAGCAGAUACCUGGACCACAUCGAUGACAAAGUCCAGGACGGACUGUUCCAGCUGCUGCUCAGAUCACUGCACUUUCUGUCUGACAACAUGAACCCACAGACCUGCAGUGCUGCGUUGUUGGCAGUCUCUCUGCAGCUGCAGGACACAGGAACUGUGUUUGAGCCGUCUGUGGGCAGCGGCCUCUCUGACCUGAUGAAGACCAUCAUCAGUGAUGUUUACACAGCAGCCAGUCUGCUGCCGAGGAUCUCUGUGAGUCGCCACGGCAACUAUCAGGUGUCUCUGCAGCAGAGUCCGGACCUCUCUGCACUGGAACAGGAGGUGAUGCAUCGUCUGUUGGAGGUGAGGGAGGAGGCGGAGCGUCUGAGGUCGGAGCUGGACAGGUACUCAUACCUGUGGCAAAGCGACAGGCGGGACGUGAUGCAGGAGUUCCUGACCUACAGCAGACAGCUGGGACCAGAAGAGCUGGAGCCUGAGGAGGCCCCGCCCACCCUGAAGGACUUCAAGAGAGAGAUCGAUUCACUCCACAGACUGUACACAGAGGUAACUCACCUGGAUGAUGUCAUCGUCUUGCACGGCUGGCUGCAGGUCAACCUCCAACCCUUCAGAGACUCCCUGCUGUCAGUCAUCCAGGACUGGAGCCACAUGUACACACAGCACCUGCUGGACUCAGUCAGUGACAGUCUGCAGCAGGUGACUCAGCGUGGUGAUGAUGAUGAUGAAGAGCCGUCUUCCUGCAGCUUCUCUCCAACAGAAACCAUCCUCCUGCUAGAAGCUGCCGGAGUCGAGCUGCCUGAACACCUGUCAGCUCAGCUACAGUGUUGACGGAGAGGAAACAGCAGCUGUGACAGGAGACGUCGAGCUGAAGAGAAACGUUCAGUUUAUUAAACAAACUUUCUCUUUUUGUUUCUGUUCAAACGUGACGGUUGACAGUUUAAUGUGAAAGAGUUUGAGUCAAAUUAAAAACCAGCUGAUCUGAAGGUAUUUAACAGUAAACAGCUUUUUGUCACCUUUAAGUUCUCUGAUGAUUUUAAUUAAUUGUUAUAAAUGAAUGAACUGUUUGUUCAUUUAUGUGACCUGUGUUGAAGUAAACUCACAUGCCAGCUU